AUGGCUGCUACGAUCCAACCAGGGCAACGAUAUGCUUGCAGAAAGCUUUCACUUGAAUUGUUACGUAAACCGUUGAAUUUUGGAGUUGCGAAAAAUAUAAUUUCUAAAAAUCGCAUAGUGAAAGCUCCAAUGAUAGAAGAGCUAUGCACUUACGAUUCACUCAGUUUGACAAAAACUGGUCUUCCUACUGAGCCACUGUUCAACUUAUACCGAAAAUUUGCUGAAGGUGGAUGUGGAAUUACUGUUACUGGCUGUAUAGUGGCUUCUGAUAAUGGUGUUGUGAGUGUUGGUAGCGCUCUAAUUUCUAAGAAAUAUGACUCUGCUGAACGUAGAGAAUUGUUUGAAAAGUGGGCCUCCUGCGCUAGCAAUGAUACUUUGAUUGUUGGCCAAGUUGUACACCCUGGUAAACGAUUGUUGAGUUUUGAGGAUAAAGCACCUAACACGUUUGAUAUAAAUACUGCAUCAGUACUUGAAAUUGAAAAUGUUAUUGAAGAAGUUGCCUAUGCAGGUCACUACCUUUACAAAUCAGGUUUCCACGGUGUUGAGAUAAAUUCAAGUUUGGAUUUUACUUUGGGUGAAAUAGUAAAUGCACGUGCAAAUAAGCGUACGGAUAAGUAUGGAGGGUCGUUGCAGAAUAGAACUCGUAUCAUCUUAGACAUUAUUGGGAAGAUCAGGGAUAGAGUGGCUGAUGAUAAUAAUUUUAUUAUUGGUUUAAAAUUGAGCUCUCCAAUUUAUGAACCAGAUUUCAAUGAAGACGAGUAUGCUGCUUACUGCCGAAGUCUUGAUGUUCGUUUCUCAAAGCUUGAGGAUUUUUCAAAGAUUUAUGCUACCUUCAGCUUAAUUAGGACUGGUCACAAUCUUUAUGGAUUUAAUUUGCAUCAUAAUAAUCAAUCAAGACUGGAUUACGUUGCCGUUGCUGGCGGUCAUUAUCAGUAUGUGGAACGACUGGGAAGAAAUAUGCUUGAGCCAACAAAAAGAAGAGAACAGUUCUACGCCCGUUUUGUCGAAAGAACUCGUAGGCACUUAAGGAAUGUUAGACUAAUUCAAAUUGGUGGUUUCGUAACAGCUGAACAAAUCCACAAGGUUUUGGUUGCAAAUGUAGCUGACGCCGUAGGGAUUGGUAGACCUCUUGCAGCAGAACCAGACCUCCCGAAAAAACUGUUUGCUGAGACCGUUAUGUCAGCAAAAGAGUCGAUAAUUUCUGAGCUGGAUUUUAAAAUAAGAAAGGAAGCUGCGGGCACACAGCUGUGGCAGUCAGCAAACAACUUAAUGCUUCUUGACCUGACUUUGGAGCGCCACGUAAGCGCAUUUCAACAGGCAGUUGCAGAACACGCUCAGAAACCAAAAAUGAAAGGGAGUAACUUGAAAGAUUUUGGUUAUGCAAAACUCGAUAUGGAAAGCAUUUAG